CUCCUUGAGAAGGCUGUGUCUCUGGAACCUGAUACUGGCUUCCGGAAAUACAUGAUGCUCGCAAUGUUAUAUCCGGGCACACAAUCGCUCGCAUUCUACGAAAAGGGCGUGAGCGUGUUGAAGUUUGACAUGAGUACAGCACUUCCCACACCUGUGGCUGGGGACGACUGGAGUAUCAGUUUGGCAUCGGCAUAUACUAGCAUAGCUGAAUUGUAUAUGACUGAUCUGUGCAUGGAAGCCAAAGCUGAGAGCGAGUGUAAGAGGGUUUUACAACUCGCGGUGGAGGCUGACCCAGAAAAUAUUGAAGCGCUUCAAACGUUCGCGUCGUAUUAUAUAAGUGCGUGCGAUAAGGAUCAAGCCAGGCAAGCGAUUGCAAAGAGUGUAUCGCUUUGGCUUAAAGUCGAAGAGAUUGAGAAAUUAAAGGCAGGCGGAUUAACAGAGGAGGAGGCGAUUGGUGGAAUGGACACGGAGUCACUGCCAUCCUAUGAGUUUAGAAUCAACACCGCCAGAAUUCUGUCGGAAUUAGAGAUGUAUAAGGAAGCUUUGUUGGUCUUGAGCCGGUUAGAAAAGGAAGACGAUGAGGUGGUGGAGGUCUGGUAUAUGCACGGUAUCGUUGCACAACUGAUACAGGACCAUACCACGGCUAUAGAGUGUUUGAGAGAAGCGGAGAAGCUGUUCGUCAAGACUGGUUGCCCCGACCACGAGGUCCUUUCGCAUAUCAAGAGUAUAUUAGAAACGUAUGAAAAAGAGGGCUUGAUAAACUCAGACGGCAGCCUUAAUGCAGACGCCGGAGAAGAUAUGAGUGAGUAGCCGAACCUUCCUCCUUAUUUAAAAUAUUAGAUAUAAAAAUUUACAUGGCGCCCACUG